UGAAUGUUUACAACGAGUGACUUCUGGAAAUAAAAGGGUCCAUGUUUUUUGUUAUUAUGCAAUUAUUCUCCAUUGUCGAAUCUCGACUGCAACUAAUUUCUAAACAAACAUAAUCUUCACCAGCCAUCCGACAUGGCAGCUCGUGUAGCAGCCUCCGCAACCGUACGCGCUGUUAAAGCUAGGAAACCGUUUCCUACUCGAGCAGCUCUAUUUCUUACUCCAAGUGCUGUGAACCAAGUGAAAAAACUAUUCGAGGGCAAAAACGAUUAUAUUGGUCUAAAAAUAGGCGUAAAGCAGCGUGGUUGUAAUGGCUUCAGUUAUACUCUAGACUUUGUUUCAAAGAAAGAGAAAUUUGAUGAAGAAGUUCUUCAAGAUGGAGUUAGAAUAUUGGUUGACAUGAAGGCCCAACUUCAUUUAUUAGGCACCGAAAUGGACUAUGUUGAAAAUGAACUCUCCUCUGAAUUUGUUUUCAAUAAUCCAAAUAUAAAAGGAACAUGUGGAUGUGGAGAAAGUUUCUCUGUGUAAUUAGUAAAUUUAAAUUGGGGCUGUACAUAAUAAAUGAAAUACAUAGUCAAACAUA